AUGGGCACAGUUCAAUUCUCCCCAGACUCGAAGAAGCUCGCAGCCAAGUCAUCUGUGGGGAGGUUGCUUGAGGUCUGGAAUGUCCAAUCAUGGACAUUGGAUCAUUUGGAUACUGUCGGAACUCCCUUCAGAGGGCACACCCACACUGUUACUUGUCUAGCACUUUCAUUUGAUGAAGCUCUUCUCGCUAGUGCUUCCUUUGACAACACCAUCAAGCUGUGGGAUUGCGAGUUCCACCAACUUCUCACCUCCUUCGACAUUCAGAAGAUCAGUACCCUUGUCCUCUCACCCAAUUCGAGCCGACUAGCUUACAUGACAUAUGCCAAUGAUGAUCACGAGAUCUACAUCUGCGAUACUUCACUGGAUGUCCUUACUCAGGCCAGUUCCUCUACAGUAGGUUCAUGGUCAUCCCAGUUAUGCCCAAACCAUCGAGAGCUUCUUCCCUCCUCUUCCCAUUCGCAUACAGUCUUCUCUGCUCGUAAUGAUGAGCCCCACGAUCUCCCUCCUGAAGCAAUCCUCCAAAACCUCACAGGAUACAUCACUAAGGAUGAAGACUAUCCUACUGCUCAUGGUGGGAUUGGGGAGAUCUGGAAAUGUACCUAUCACAUAGAUCGGAGAUCAAUCAAAGUCACAGUGAAAGCAUUGCAGGCGUACACGACUGAUCAACUUGGUGCAGCGAAGGCGAAAAAGAUCAAGAGAAUAAAGCAUGAACUCAGGAUAUGUGCCAACCUCAACCAUCCAGAUAUUCUGCAUGUUUUUGGUUAUACAAAUGGCUUCGGCCCAUUUAUAGCAAUAGUCAGUCCUUGGGCGGAGAAUGGUAACUUGACAGUCUAUAUGGAGCGCAAGGGUGUGGCUCUUACUCUCAUUAGACGAUUCCAGCUGGCAAGUCAUCUCUUCAUGUAUUUUGGAUAG